AUGGAGAGAACAAUUCGACCAAUCUUCGAAAAGAUGAUGAAAGAAGAACAAGUGACUCCAUCUGAACAGAUUAUUUUUAAAUCUUUUGUGAGUUUUCCAAUGUUAAAAUCAUUAAUAUUUUGAUUAUUUUCAGAUAGCUCAGCGUUUUGGGAAACGAGAAGAUGAUAGCGGAAAUAUUUCAAACUGUUUGAAAAGUUUGGAACAGUUGAAAAUUGCGAAUUCUAGAGAAGAGAUGAAUAGGGAUAACACGUUGGAACAAGCUAUUGAUACAAAUAAUCGGAAUGAUGAGAGUUCUUCGAUCGCUGCUGAAAAUCAAUCAGACCAAAAUGAUGAAACAGUUGAUUUAUCUACUUUUUUGACUCCUCAAAAUACAUGUAAGUUUUUAAAUCGUCGCUCUAACAAAUAUAUGACCUCUUCAUUGCAGUUCUAAAAAUCAUCAAAAAACCGUUACCAUUCUUCGAAGAAAUAGCAGCUGAAAAUAUAUCAUAUCCGCUAAGUGUUAUUUACGAUGAAAAGUUGAAUCAAUGGUUCUUUUGCGAUAAGGAUCGUCCCGGAAUUUAUCGUGUCAAAAUUGUUGGCGAAAAUCGAGGAAUCUAUCAUAUUUCAAAUAGGUUGUUGUCAAAUCCUUCUGCAGUUUGUAUUUAUGAGGUAUUAUUUUAAAUUGUUCAAUAUUGAUAUUAUUCACAUUUAUUAUUUAUUCCAGGAAGGUCGUAGUAUUGCGAUUCUAUCUGGAAAGACCAACUUCACGAUUUAUAUAUACAAUAUUCAAUCGGAUAAUAUCGAAAUAUUGUGCUCUUUCAAUUUGAGAAUUUAUGAAAUGAAUUGGCAUUUGAGAGGAUUAGCAAAAUCAGUUGGAGGAAAUAUUUUAUCACUAGAAAGUCGAAAUUACACUGGUAAAAAUUUGCGAAUUUUCAAAAAUAAUGUUGGUUCGGCGUGUUUUUCUUUGAAUGAUUAUGGUGCUAUUCAACCGUCUUUUAUCACUUCUCGUGGCAACCGAGUGGCUAUUAGUGAUCUUGGCGUAAAUUCUGUUUAUUUAUUGGAAGUUAACGAUUUGGACUUCACAAAUAUUACUUUUCAAGUAUUACGAGUACUCAAAUCGGUGAGUAAUCAAAUUUAUAAUGUUUUUUUCUCAUAUGUUUUUUUUCAGGAAUCCAUGGAAUUGAACAAAAUCUGUGACCAUUCGAGUUUUGCUUUUGUUUCAGGAUUAAUUUUUGAUAUAGAUUACAAUUUAUUGAUCGGUGAUGCGCAAGGAAAAUGUAUUAAAGUGAAUUUUAUCAAUAAUAUAAUUUAUAAUUAAAUACAUUUUUUCAGUUAUUCGAUGAAAACUUGGAAUUUUUGCAUCGUGUUUCGACAGACUUUCCAAUGCCAUAUUUAUCAUCGUUUUUCAUCAAUCAAGCCGGUCAAGUAAGUCUUGAAAUUAUUUUUGUUUUUUCUAGUCAAAACAGUAGUUUGCAAAAUAAAUUUAUUUCAUUGAGCCAUACUUUUCGGUGGUGAAAAAAUAGUAAAUUUAAAAAUUGAUAGUUUUUUUUUGUUUGAAAAAUUCGAAAUUUUCAGAUUAUGAUUUUGAAUAUCCGAUCACCAACGGAUAGAUUGAUUUUUGGCCAAUUGACAAGCUGUGCAGAAGUUGAACGCUGGAAUCAUGUAGAAUUUCCAACUCGAAGAAAUAACAAUCGUAUUCGUCAAUAA